AUGGCGAACACAAGUCGACAUAUGAUCUCGUCGUUACGACACGUCUCGAGAUACAGAUCAUUGUCGAGCGACGUGUCAGCAAGAUGCUUCUCGACGAGUGUGGCGAGCCGAGCAACAUCAGCUCAAACAAGAAUUCUCGGAAGCAGCCUCAAAGAUAGCGAUCCCGAAAUCUACAACAUAUUAGAAAAUGAGAAGACGCGGCAGCGUCAAUUUAUUAAUCUAAUCCCAUCUGAAAACUUCACCUCGCUUGCUGUAUUGGAGGCUUUGGGAAGUGUUAUGCAAAAUAAAUACUCAGAAGGAUAUCCUGGAGCCAGAUAUUACGGUGGCAACGAAUUUAUCGACCAAGCAGAAUCACUGUGUCAGAAGAGAGCACUAGAAGCAUUCUCAUUGAACCCCGAAGAAUGGGGCGUCAAUGUGCAGCCGCUUUCUGGCUCGCCUGCCAAUCUUUACGCAUACUCAGCCGUGCUCAAUACGCACGACAGAAUCAUGGGUCUCGAUCUGCCGCAUGGUGGUCACCUUUCUCACGGCUACCAGACACCAACCAAGAAGAUCUCUAUGAUCUCGAAAUACUUUGAGACAUUACCCUACCGCUUAGACGAGAAAACAGGCAUUAUUGAUUACGACGGUUUACAUAAAAUGGCACAAUUGUAUCGUCCAAAGGUCAUCAUCGCCGGCACGUCCGCUUAUUCCAGACUGAUUGAUUAUCAAAGAAUGAAGCAGAUCUGUAACGACGUUGGUGCCUAUUUACUGGGCGACAUGGCACAUAUAUCAGGCCUGGUAGCAGGUCAGGUGAUACCAUCACCGUUCCCACACGCCGACAUGGUGACAACGACCACUCACAAGUCUUUGCGUGGGCCCCGAGGAGCCAUGAUCUUUUACCGUAAAGGAGUACGAAGCACGAACAAGAAAGGUGAAAAAAUCAUGUAUGACCUCGAAGGUCCCAUCAACGCUUCAGUCUUUCCAGGCCAUCAAGGAGGUCCUCACAACCACACGAUAACAGCGCUCGCUGUAGCACUGAAGCAGGCACAAACCAAGGAAUUCAAGGACUAUCAGAAACAGGUCUUGGCCAACGCAAAAUCCUUGGCCGAACGACUAGGUAACUCCGACUACACAGGCGGUCUCGGCUACAAUAUCGUCUCGGGUGGCACAGACAACCAUCUAGUACUAGUUGACCUCAAGUCAAAAGGUGUGGACGGAGCUCGCGUCGAGCGUGUCCUCGAACUCUGCGGCGUGGCAAGCAACAAGAACACCGUACCAGGAGACAAAUCAGCUUUGAAACCUGGUGGUCUGCGCAUGGGCACUCCUGCCAUGACGACUAGAGGUUUCGGAGAGGCGGACUUUGCUCGAGUGGCUGAGAUAGUAGACAGGGCUGUCUCGAUCACGGUCAAAGUUGACAAACAAGCAAGGACGGCGGCAGAAUCGAAGGGCGUGAAGAAUCCCGGAACUGUGAAGGCGUUCUUGGAGUAUAUCAAGGAUGGCUCAGACGUGUCUGAGAUUCUGGUAAUGAAAAAAGAGGUUGAGGAGUGGGUCAGCACCUUUUCUGAACCCUGGCUCAAGGACUCUAUGUGA